UUUCCUCAUAAAAUUUAUCAAGAAAUUAUAAUUAAAAUGGCUGAAAUUUAUGCGAAAUUUACCUCUCUUAAUGAUGAAACUGCCAAGGAUUUUGAUAUUUUAGAAACCGACGUGAUUAUUGGAAGGAAAAAGGAUUGUGGACAUCAGAUUCCAAAUGGUAAAAUCAGCGGGCAACAUUGCCAAGUGCAGCUAGACAAAGAGUCUGGGGAAUUUACCCUCACUGACAAGUCGACAAAUGGAACAUUCGUUAAUGACAAGAGAGUUAGCAAGGAUGAGCCUGUACAGCUACAGAACGGGGACAAGAUAUACCUCCUUAAGGACGAAAACGAGAAUGAGAAAAUCGGUUUCAUCUUUGUAUCCCUUUAUUCUAAGCCUGAAGAGUCCAAACUUGGCCAGAGACGUAAAAGAAGUGAAAUGGAAGGACAUGGUGAAGACAAAAAGGAGGAAUCUAAAAAGGAGCAACCUCAGAAGAAAAUUCUAAGGCAGGAUACCCCUUAUGCAGUCCAACAGAUGAAAUGCUCUUUUUGCCUCGAAAUAAUGUACAAACCUGUUUGUUUAAUCCCAUGAUUGCAUAACUUCUGAGGUGGGUGCUACGCAGAUUGGAUGGUUAAAAACGGUAACUGACCUGAAUGACGAGAUAAAGUAAAGACUAUCAAGCGGAACCAUCUACUUAACUCCAUGAUUGAAGCCCACCUCAAAGAUAACCCGAAGGAUGCCAAAGUCGACGAUACGAAGCAGUUACAGGAUGACAGUGACUGCUUUAAUAACGAGGCAGUCACUCUUGCAAUGGGAAAAUAAGUUGAAGAAGGAGCAUGACAAGAAAAUAGCCGAAGAGAAAAAGAAUCGAAAGAAAAAGCCACAGAAAAAGACUUCUGAAGAGGAAAGCAAAGAAGAUAAUAAAGAAGAAGAGAAGAAGAAAGAGUCUAAGGCUGUAGCUACAUCUUUUAGGCCCAGAUGUAGAAACUGUCAUAAGAGUAUUGGAGGGUUUCAAUGAGACGCAGAUACGAGGCAUGUUAAUUGUGCAGCAUGAAAUGUAGCAUUUCCUCUAACUGGGAAGGCUGGAGUGCACACUCGGUGUGUCUGCUGUCUGAAUUAUUUCUGACACCAGCAUUGGCCUUGAAGUAAACAAGCGAUAAAUAAAGUGUCUCCCUUAGAAACUUUUCCAUUUAUUGGGAUACCCGCAGACGCCUUGAAUAAGAACCAAUAUGAACAAAGAGUACUCAAGGAUUAUGUGAAGAAGAAAAAGUUCACUAAAAUUCAGUUUAAAAGCGAUAUUUUCUCCCGACUCGAAGCUGACGGAAAUUGGGAUAUUACCAAUACUGAGGGAAGCAAGCAUACCUUGGAGAAAGACUCUUCUCUUUGAAGAAGAUGAUUCCCUGAUGUCUGGCAAAAAGUUAUAUAUUGGUAUAGAUUUAGCAUAUCUGCACUUCUUCCAAAUAAUGUACAAACUCGGCAAGAUUGCUGGUACGGAGAUGAAUGUCGAACCCAAACCCAUAAGUUCUCUCAUGCUGCGAAAUUAAACCACAUCUGCCGUCCAAGAAGAUAGG